AUGAAUCGUCCCAUCCGUCACCUGCGCCUUUUGAUCGGCUACGAAUUCAGACGGCGUUGCGGGCAGCCCACCUCCGAAUCCUUUCAGCGCCAUGGACGUGUUGGAGCGUCCCAAAAGCCUGGUACCUCGCUCUCAUGGCCCCCCGACGCCAAAGGAGCGGCGUUCGCCCGGCUGGACCCGUCCAGACUGCUACUGCAACUCGCAGGUAGUGUCACCGCUCGGCGGCGCGCAAACGACACGGGAACGCGCCGACUGAGCGUCUGUGACCCGUCCCAGGCCCUGGCAGACUGCGUGGAAGACAUGCUGGGCCCCUUCCGCCACGACGCCAUCGACCUGGUGGCCGGCAUAGACGCCAUGGGGAUUCAUUCUAGGUGUACCGACUUGACUUUAAAAUAAAAACAUACUCCGUUCCAAUCUGGCGAACUGUGUGAAAGUGUGAAGCCCAAGAUGCCGUUGAUGCGUAUUUGUUGCUUUCGGCUUUCGUUCGGUGGUGAAGAUCGACACGUUCGGGUUCGGGUUUGGCCCGUGAAGUCUGUACUUCUGCUUGACGCCAAAAACAAACCUGUCAAGGGUUGGAAAAAAAUAAGCAACAUAAAAAUAAAUAUAGAAGAAUCAAACAUUGACAAUAAUUUGUAUUUUUUAAACAAACAAAACAAAACAAAAUAUUUUAGAAGA